UGAACAUUCAGUGAAUCUGCUGGAUCCUGUCGGGGCAACCACCUGAGAGUCAACAGCAUACGAGCGCCGCUACUCUGCACAUUAUUGUUGUCACUGGGCCACAUGAGGUCACUGUACUACUGGGGGUUACUGACAGCAGAAAGAUUGAACCAGAGGAAGAAAAUCAUCUCAAGUGCACCACAGUCUGAAACCAGAAAAGACAGUGGCAAGAGCAUCUGUAUAACAAUACAUCGUGUGUGUCAUUUAUUUGAGCACAAUGAAAACUGGCAGCAGAUCACUCAUCAUACUCCUGUGGUUCAACUCGAUCCACGUUCUUGACUCACAAGAUGUCAAAGUCCCGUCUGCAGUGACUGGAUACGUCGGGCAUGAUGUCACCCUGCCAUGUGAUUUCAUCCCUGGACAAAAGAAGAGCAAAAUCACUCAGGUUCAGUGGGCGCUCAAGCCACCAGGAGGAGAGGAAAUCAUCAUUAUUGUUUUCAGUUAUACGUUGGGGGUUAGCACUCAAGAGACGUUUCUGAAGGGCAGAGUGGAGAUUAAAGAACAAUCUUUGAUCAUUAAAAAUGUGAAAAAGGGAGAUGCAGGCUUGUACACCUGCAGCAUCGCAACCUUUCCAAGUGGUUCAUUUGAAGGAACCACCAACCUUGUUGUUCAAGAACAGACGCCCGUGUGGAUGUUACCUCGGAUGAUUGCUGUUGGAGUGUUCGUGCUCAUAGUUUUGACCAUGUUUACCACAACUUACUUCAUCAUCGCCAGAAUCAGACGUGAGGCGUCAGUCAAGGACAGCGUCUACACUGAUGUAGCCGGUCCAGUGAUGAGUGACUGAAGGGGACAAAAGGAGCUUGGAGUUGUUCAAGUCGGCGUACGUCAUCGUAACAGGCUCAUGAGGCUCGUUGAGUUGUUAGUUAACGAGAUAACUCAUUAGUUUUUGGGCAACAGAUCAAUGCUUUGUUUUGUCCGUCUUGUGGAAUGUAACGUCCUACAACUGUAGUCGACCAUUUUUACAGAUCAAAGUGUGUUUAGAGAUCAAGGAAAGUCCCGCUGCAUAUGUGAAAGAAGAAGUAUGAAGCCUUUUACGCAGAAAAAAAAAAAAACACAAAAAAGUUCACAAGCAUGCUAGAAUAAUAUGUCUUAAGAGAUAUUUAGAUGAGGAAACAGCUGGUUGCCUGCUGUCCUCCCACAGGUCGACGGUCCCUGUGCUCACCUCAUGUUCUCAUCUGAGGCAAAACCAUUUGUUGCUCUCUGAAAAUUAAAUUUGCUGCAUUGUUUUAACAUUGAAAUUCACUGCUUUUGAAAUUGUUUUUCAUUUGUUUUAUUUUUCAAGCAGUUACAUUUAUUUUCUAACUAUUGAUGCUUAACAUUUGUCCACACUUUCGAAACUUCAGUCCUGCUGGUGAACAGGAACAACAGUGCAGUGAAUUGUCUACUUUUGCUGUAAAACAGAACUAACUCUACGUUUCCAGAUGUUGUCGGUUAAUGAAGUUCCUCAUUUUCACAGACCAAAGGAAACUGGCAUUUAAAAAAAAAAAGAAAAAUGCAGUUGUUUGUACACUUUGCUGAAAAUUCUUCUGUUCUUUUACUGGUAGUUUGGUAUGUGAUAUUUACUAUACUUAUGUGUCAAAAGUACAAGUCAAAGUAAACUGUACAUAUAUUUACUGAAUAUAUACUUUAUACUCAAUUGAUUGGGUCGAUCGAUUAUCAGCCUGGAAUAUUUUCUUUCUGGUGCUUUUUCUAAGUGUGAAACAGAGAAAAAAAGCUUUUUUUGCUCAUGUGUUAAGAGGAGUAAACAAAAUGUUCACGAUUUAAAUAUUUUUUUUCUGUGUGUGUGAAACCGAGGGAAUAAAAUAUUUUUCCAGUGGAA